GACAGUUUGUUAGCAGCUGAUUUUGAACUUGUUAUGCAGGCUGUUCCAAAAUAAGCUUAGGACUUAACUAAAUUUACAUUUUCUGAAAUGUCUACUUCCAAGCGUAUUUUCCGUAAGAUCCAAGAGCUGAAUAAGUGUAGAGAUGAUUUACGAUACUUAGUUAAUCGUAACCCUAGAAAUUUGGAACGAUUGCGCAUUGCGUAUAAAACUGAUGGAUAUCAUCUAGAAAAGCCGGGCAGGAAUUAUUGGCACAAGUUAGAGUUGGUUGCUAGUAAUAAAUACAUAACAGCAAAAUUGAACCACUUCAAAAAUGGAACAGUAAUUGAGAGCAGUACCUCGGAAUGGGCAAUCAAAAAGAAUUUAUUUAAAGGGAAUGAUACUUCUGCUUACAUCAAUUUGGCUAGAAUUUUCGCUGCUCGUUGCAUGGAAGCUGGACUAACCGAAAUGCGCUGUGAUCUUCAACCAAAGUCAGAAGGGAAGACAGACAAAUUUCUUAAAACCUUAGUCGACUGUGGAAUCCAAUUACAGGAACCGGAAAGAAUGAAGCCUACUCAACCAUGGGACGCAAUACGUCCCGAGAAACCUUGGGAAAUAAUAGAGUAAAUGAUUCAUUUCACUACAUUUUAUUCGUUAUCAGUUACAAAUAAAAUAUUGAAGUAUAACGGCG